ACAAUUUCCUUAUUUCUAUUUAAAAUAGAAACACAUUAGUAUACAGUGCUUACAUUUAUUAGACCCCCUGUCAUAAUAAAAAGAAAACACAGAUAUUCGACUGUCAAACACUUGUUUAAAACUAAAAUCUUGGUUUCUGUGAAGGCUUGACUUGACCUCAAAGACACCAUGUCAAGGACUUAGUUCAAAUAUAUCAACAUAAUAUCAAUAGUAUUAUUAUAUGAAAGGAGGUAAAGAGUUUUUUUUUUUUUUUUUCUUACUAAACUAAACUAAAGCAGUAGGGCGUGAUGGGCCAUCAACACCUGGCCAUGGGCUGCAGGAUGCUGAUUGGUUGUUUGAUCCGGGGCUGUUGGGUGCUGAGAUGCGAUUGGUUGUCUACCGCUUCAUCUGGACAUCAUUGUGAAAAGUUACCAACAGCUAUUUUUCAGUUUUAUCUGGAAAUCAGUCUAUUGCUUGUGACUGUGAAGACUUACAAGAGUUGUUUUCAGUAUCAUCUGGAGAAUUAUCUGUUCUUUGUGACCAGUAACAGCUUGUUUUGGAUAUUCAGCAUUUGAAAUGGCUUCUGAAAGGUAAGUACUUUCUAUCUAUUAUCUGACUACACCGCAUAGAAUGCUUUACUUAUUUAUUUAUUUAUUUUUUUUCUUGUUUCCAGUCCAAGAAUCUAAAAAAAAUAUUAAACAAAGAAGCAUUUACUAGAUAAGUAAAAAGUAUUGUGUUGUUUUCUGAAGAAAAAAACAAUCAAAAUUAAGUGAGUUUUUGCUUGAAACAAGCUAAAUUAUCUGGACUGGAAACAAGAAGAAAAAAAAACUAAAGAAAAGCAUUUUUAAAGAAACACACACACACACACACACACACUGUGUAGCUGUCUUGUUUUUAUUUGUUAAAAGAUCUUACUGUUAAACAAAAUUUGUGCAAAUUCAGUAAUGUCAUUUUGGGGAUAGUUGAGUCGGUGACACAAAGCUUUCAGGCCAGAGUGAAAAGAUACACAUUUGCACCUUGGCACUACAAUUUGUGUUUUAUUUUUAUAUUUUUGUGAUUGUUUUUGAAGAGUUGUGUCUGAUUAAACCACUGUUGGUCUUCUUAUUGUUCGCACAGCUCUUUCCACAGCAGGAUCUACUUUCUCUGCUCUCACUGCAAGAAGGCUCCACGCUCCCUUCCUGGGCACCUCAGGACGGCGUGCAUGCGCGACCGCACAGAGGCAGAGAUAAAGGCCACUGUGAUUGAAGCCAAGAAAGAGAUGUCUGAAUUUACCCACAAGGGACGUUUCUGGGAUUACCAGCGUAUUCGAGACAUCUUGGCAACUGCUGAUCCUCUUGCCAGGUUGUUAGAGGAGAUGCAGAAGAAGGGCCUGGUUGUAAUGAACACACCUCCAGUUCUCCCGGCCCCCCCGCUGCCUGCGCCCUCUCCAGCUACAUCUGCUCCUCAAAGCCCUGGAGAAGGUGCGGACGAGCCAGACGAGGAGCCAGACCGCGAGCCAUCGUCUGAGGAGAGCUCUGGAGAGUUCUAUCAGAGGUAAAGUUUCACAUCAUCAUUCUCAGAUAACAUGUGCAGCGAUUGGACAUGAUUUCUCUUGAACAUAUUCACAAUCAUUUGAGCACCUGGUUUAUUUUCUUUCAGCACUGAGGGACCGAGGUGGACCGAUGAAGUCAGGGUGGAGAUGUCAAAAAAGGGCCUGUACAAGAAACACUCCAUCGAUCACCCCCUCCUUCGGGGAUUUAAUCGAUAUUUGCGUGUUGACUUGGGCAACAAAAAGAGCAAACAAGAGGUAAGUGAAAGAAAAGAUACCUUUAAGUGUCACCCACACACUCACGCUUUCACACAGAAAAAUAAAGAAAUAAAUGUGAAGACAAAUGCUCUUCUGAACUGUGUGCUGCGGUCACAUGUUAACCUGUGUUAUAUUCAGCCCUGCAGAUUUUAAUGUGAAAUGUAUACUUACAGGUGGAAGAAGUCUCCAGGUUCAUGUAUUACGUGGACCCCAGUGAGCCGAACCUGAAUUUUGUGCGGGAGGUGGAGAAAGUGCGAGAGUACUUCAAUACACUGACCCAGACAAAGCUCUCGAAGCAGACGGUGCUGAACUACUGGAAGAGUCUCAAGAGGUUCAUGAGGUACAUUGUUACCAGCACCAGCAUCCGUGUCAAAGAUCCCAGCCUGUACAACGACUGCAAGAGCUUCACUGAUCCUCUGGAUGGCAUACGGGCUGGGAUGUCUAAGAAGGUCAACAAGGAGCAGACACAAAAAAGGUUCCGCGGCUACGGCAAGGAAAAAUUUCCGGCUGACUGCAUCACAAUCUUGGAUGCUGCUUAUACGGAUUUCCUGGCUGUCAUGGGCAAACUUCAGGGUCCAGGAGCCAUUUCAGGGGAGGAACUCAGCAAAAACGAACGUCUGCUUGUCCUCUAUUAUCUUGAGGCCAUAAUUAUGCUUAAACUUCUACAACGCCCAGGGGUUGUUACGAAUAUGACCGUUGAGGAAUGGAAGGGGAGAACCCGGCAUCCAAACGGAGCUUCCGUGGCGGUGAAGGAGCAUAAAACGGCCGCGUCGCAAAUAGCAGAAGUACCGCUGACUGAUGACCAAGAACAUUGGUUUGGCCUGUACUUCGAUGAGAUUCGGCCGGUGAUGUUACAAGGUAAUAAGUCAGUGGACAAUGCAGCAGCAGAGCAGAGUUUUUUUGUUUCAAGUACUGGAAGGCCAAUUUAUAACCCCUGCAACGACUUGAAAAGAUUCCAUGCCAAAUACAACAUUCCCAGGGUGACCAGCAGCGACGCUCGGACAGCCUUUGAGACGGCUGCUAAAAAUCUGCCGGAGGUGCAGAGGAAUGCGGUGGCACGUCUCUUGGGACACACGCCGGAAACAGCAGAGAAGCAUUACCGGAUGAAAACUCCGGCAGAUGCAUUCCUGGCCAAGGUUGUGGUCGAUGAGCUCACUGCAAAAACACGAGGUGCGUCUAGUGGGGCUUCUGGCCAAGAGAAAAGGAUGGAUGAACAGACGGCGUUUGACUUGCUGGUUCAGUCCUGCCCAGUGACUCUUGACGGGCCUCCUCCGAAAAGGGCACGCAGACACGAACUGUGCGCUGAACACGAGAGGCACUGCUACGACCGCUGGCGCAGCGAGCAGCUCAAGCUGCGUGAACAGCGUGUCCUUGAAUAUUUCGGUCGGUGUCAGCUGUCUGAGUCACAAGUGGAGGCCUGGGUGGAGAAACAAGGAUGGACGUCUAACGUCCCACAGGCUUCCCUAAUACUCAAGAAAUACUCCAAGUAGCCUUGAACAGCUCCCCUGCGGCUCUGUGGGUUACAAAAAUAAAUGUGAGCGGGCUACUUCCAAGCCACAUUAUUUUUGUGCCUACUUUUCAGCCACAAAACACCACCUCUCUUGCUCUCCAAGUUGCCCUGAAUGACUCUGUCUCUUUUUUUAGUACUUUACUCAAAGAUAUGUGAGCGGGCUAAUUUCCAAGCCACAUAUCUCUUCUCUUUGUCUACUUUUUUGUUUUCAGCCACAAAACACCACCUCUCUUGCUCUCCAAGUUGCCCUGAAUGACUCUGUCUCUUUUUUUAGUACUUUACUCAAAGAUAUGUGAGCGGGCUAAUUUCCAAGCCACAUAUCUCUUCUCCUUGCCUACUUUUUUGUUUUCAGCCACAAAAAAGUAAAAAAAGACCACCAAUACAGAUUUUUUUUUCUUUCAAUAUUCAUAGGCAACUGGAAGUGCACCAGCUACAAAUAACCAAACAUCAGCAGCUCACUCGAGGACCACUACAUGAGGACUCCAGAGAAGAAGAAGAAGAAGACGAAGACGAAGAAGAAGGAGGAGGAGGAUUUGACAGAGGAAGGCGCACGCUGGAUCCAUACGCUGCAUCUCAUUUCGGAGACUGCGUCCUACGGAGGUCGCAUUUGAAGGCUGCAUACGUCAUCAAGGAUGUCUUAUUUAAGAAAAGUAAACGUAAUUAAACAAACUGUUAUUCCUCGUGAGACGUAAAAUACUAUAAUUUCUUUCUUACUUUGCAAUCUAACAGUUAAUUUUUUUUCAAAUGAGACCGCCUCGAUGACAUAUGCAGCCUUCAAAAGUGACCUCCGGAGGACACAGCCUUCAAAACAAGACAGCUAUAAUCAUUAUAUUCUUAUUCUGUACAUACAGAUGCUAUUAUAAUUUUUUGUUCAUGUUUUCAAUCUACGUUUGUCAUUUCUUCUUUUGUUGUUAAUGAUCUGUAUUUGUCAUUAUUCAAGUCUUAUUUGUUGCACUUUAUUAAUCGUGUACCUGUCAUAGGUAUUCAUGUUUAUAUCAGGCAACCAAAAGUUGCAGAGGUCAGAGUGUCAAAAUGCUCAAAGACAAACUAAUUUUGUUAAAACUCUAAUAGAAAGUUGACAUUUUUAUACUUGUAUUGAUUUUUCAUGUU